AUGCGUCUGCCUCGCCUUCUCUUCUUGAUCUUCUGUGUUGUGGACGGCGUCUUGCUCCGCGUUGCUGCUCUCGACCCGAUCGACGAUCCCAGUUCGAACCUGACCGCGCCUGAAGGACUGUCGAAGCCCCACCUGUCAUUCGUAGACGUCCGCAAGCUUGACAACGACGGCGGGGAGGAGAGAUGCCCUGCCCUUGGAAACGUACUUCAGAAGAUGAAGCAAAUGGUCGCCAAGUCGUUGAGUGCUGUCCGCUCGCUAUACCGCUCCGUCUAUGGUCAAGUAAAGCCCUUUAGGCUGACCACAGGUCGUCGGUUCGAUGUCCGCUCGUCUCACCACCCAUCCGAGGCGACCCAAGGUCAUACUCCAGAACAGAUGCGUGCCAUGCGUCAAACUGAGGAAGAUGAAAUUACACUGUGGCUUCACCACGCCGGGCUUUUCCAGGAGAAGAAUGAUGGCAAACCGUAUUCCGUCGACGAAAUGCAGAAACUCCUUCAAAGUCUUCCGCCCCAAAAGAACGAAGUGUACUACGCAAAUCUCUUUGCCGAGAUGAGCAUUAUUGGCCUUGAAGACCUCGCGGAAUCGGUGCAGAAUUUCCGCUUUCAUCAUCUGAUUGUGGAGUACGGCAUGACUCCGGGUGAUUUGGAGCGCAACCUUUAUCCGCAUGGUCGUUUACCCACCAGUUUGCCGCAGACGGAUCCUCUCUAUGGCGCUUACAAAGCCUUUGCCUUGGAAUUUGCUGCUGUUCAUAGCCCCUCUACGCUGAAGGAGUUAGAGCAAUAUUUUCUCGUGGGCGAUCGAAUCAAGGCCGAUAAGUAUUUGGCCAUGCUGAAUAACCGGGUAGUUGAUAAUCUAUACCCGUAUCAUGAAUUGACUGAUGACCAACGUAAAGCUGGUAAGUAG